AUGGAUAGAAUAGGUGGAACACUGUUCACAAAGCUAUUCUCGAUAUUUUAUGGGAAUACCUCAACAAAACCAGACCAAAAUUUAAGGGUUGUUUUCUUUAACGAUAUGGGUUCUGAUGAUUAUGUGCCUGCUAAAGGCGAGUUUAUCAUUCGUCUUCCCCUUUCAGAAAUAGACGGAAACUUCGAAGACACUGGAACACAAACCGUCAUUUCGUCUCAGACCAUCAACCCACCUUCUGUGUCUGUAACUUCUUCUCAACUACAAACUACUUCGCUACAACACGAAAACUCGUUUUCACUAGUCACACCGCCUUUUCGACCACCAGAAGUAGUAAGACCUGUAACUACUCCGCCUCUUCAAGAAUGCCCAAUCGAUGAUUCGUACCAAUACUUUAUCGAUUGUUCAUUCCAAACUCAGUUCAGAGUUUGGUGUUAUCCAUUCGACAGUGGUCCAGUUAUCGAAGUAUGUUUAGACAAAGGUGUAUAUUAUAUGGAUUAUAAUAAUAACCUUCGUUCUAUUGUAGGAAACAACUUGGUUUUGAUUUUUAAUGGGUGUGUCUAUACGUACAACGACAAUACCCAUACCUUAUCAUUUUAUUUAAAAAUGAUAUAA